AUGGUCAGCAGUCUUCUAAUAUCGAGCAAAUGUGCAGGGGAGCAUCAUUUAUUAUUUACAAAUGCUGAUAUUCCAACCAAGGCACUUCUUUCAAGAAUUAAUGUAAUCAUAAGUACUGGAGCCAAGGCUAUAGUGUUGAGCGAGAAUCUUACACUCGGCAGCUUUGCAGAAACUGUUUUAUUUAAAGAUCAUGAGGAUGAGGAUGGCUUUUACGGAAGGCAGGUGGAAAUUAUCACAAAGUCUUUCGAACUCGAUGAUCUCGAAAGGUUUGGACGCUCUCAAGUGGAUGGUAUUGUUGAUCGUGUUUUCGUUGAUAUUGCAGUCAACAGCAAUGGUGACAACUGGGCAAUAUGUGAUGCUUUAGAACAAAGUAUUUACAGCAGAUGUUGCAGACUCAGAAUACCGAUAAAUGUGUGUAACAAUCUCAAGAGAUCUACAUUUUCUCUUCUCUCUACCUACACCAAGGGUAAUCUUCAAAUUGGCGUGACCACUAAUCAUCAGGGUUGCAAACUUGCCAAUAGGAUUCGGAGAGAAGUCGUUAAGGAACUUCCACAAAAUAUAGAUGAGAUAGUUCAACAUGUUGGCGAUUUAAGACGUGCUUUAGUAGAAAGUGACCGUGAGCAUCAAAGGCAGCUGAUAAGAGCCAUGCAGCGUAAUAAUGCACAUAGAAGAUAUGUGAAUGGAGCAAAUGCAAAGCAGCAUAUUAAACCAAACUCAAGAUCUGCCUGGUUGUCUCAGAUUAUUGACUAUUUCCCACUAAGCAAGCUCGGCGCCAUAUCGAUGGAAGAUCUAAGCAAUGAAUAUCUUGAGAGUAUUUCCAAAAGUGAAGGUGCCGUUAUUGAGCCAACAUCUAACCGCGGAGAGAUUUCACUUGUGGGAGCAGGACCAGGUUCUCUAUCAAUGCUCACUUUGGGCGCCUUGAAUUGUAUCUACAACGCAGAUAUUGUUUUAUCGGAUAAGCUCGUGCCACAGGAGAUAAUCGAUUGCAUUCCAAAGACCACCAAACUUUUUAUUGCCAGGAAAUUCCCGGGAAAUGCUUGUAACGCCCAGCAAGAACUACACCGAUUGGCACUCGAAAGUCUUAAGGCUGGAAAAAAAGUGGUGCGGCUCAAGCAAGGAGAUCCAUACAUUUUUGGCCGUGGAGGUGAAGAGUACGAGUUCUUUGUGGCAAACGGAUUCCGGCCGGUUGUUGUUCCAGGCCUAAGUUCUGCUUUGGUUGCACCAGCAGUGGCCCAGAUUCCAACAACGCAAAGAGAUGUGUCUGAUCAAGUUCUCAUCUGUACAGGUACGGCUAAGAAUGGUAAGAUUCCGGAGAACAUGCCAAGCUUUGACAAAAAGAGAACCGUUGUCUUUCUCAUGGCCGUUAAAAAAGUGACAUCGCUCGUUCCAGCAUUACUAAGCGAGUGUUCGUGGCCUUCGGAUCUUCCUGUUGCCAUCAUAGAGCGAGCCUCAUGUCCUGAUCAGCGUGUGAUAAGAACACACCUUUCGGAUCUUCCUGAAGUGGUUCAAAGCAUCGAUAAUAGACCUCCAGGACUCAUUGUUGCAGGUUAUUCGUGUGAUUUCCUAGCCAAGCAUUUAGGGCCAAACGAGAAAUAUCGUAUUGAGGAGGGCUACAAGCCAUUUCCGGACUCAGAAGGAGCAAAUACAGCUUCUAUUCAAAAGAUUCUGGCGACGUUUAAAUGUUGA